GCUCCUCACCAGGGGUAGAGGGUUGGGAAAGGUCUCACAGAGGGUGUUAUCCUGGAAUUUGGUGUCUUUUGGGAGAGCCAAAUCAGUUUUGUGAUGUGUCUGAGAGGGUCGAAGCCGUGGGGCUCGUGCUUCACCCCAUGGAGAAUUAAACGUGUCUAUCACAUUGGAGGAGAAAAAGUCAUCAAAAGGAUUGGGAUGUUUGGACGGUGCACUGCAUAUUAUAAAAAGAAAAAGGAUAAAAGGAUGGAGGCCUCGUGUCUGGAACUGGCUCUGGAAGGUGAGCGUCUGUGUAAAGUGGGAGAUUACCGUGCGGGCGUCUCAUUUUUUGAGUCGGCCAUCCAGGUGGGCACAGAAGACCUGCAGAUUUUGAGCGCCAUCUACAGUCAGCUGGGCAACGCAUACUUCCACCUGCACGAGUACAACAAGGCGCUGGAAUACCAUCGGCAUGACCUGACGCUCACCAGAACUAUUGGAGAUCAGGUGGGAGAAGCUAAAGCCAGUGGGAACCUCGGAAACACGUUGAAAGUUUUGGGACGCUAUGACGAAGCAGCAGUUUGUUGCCAAAGACACCUGGAUAUUUCCAGGAUGCUCCAUGAUAUGGUGGGGCAGGCUCGAGCGCUGUAUAAUUAUGGGAAUGUGUACCACGCCAAGGGGAAGAACAUAUGUUGGAGCGGUAUGGACCCUGGAGACUUUCCCGAGGAGGCACGCAUCGCUCUAAAGAAAGCAACCGAGUACUAUGAAGCGAAUCUGGCCAUUGUGAAGGAGUUGGGGGACAGAGCGGCUCAGGGCAGGACUUACGGCAACCUUGGCAACUCACACUAUUUGCUCGGAAACUUCCAGGAUGCUGUUCUUGCCCACGAGCAGCGUCUCCUCAUCGCGAAGGAGUUUGGAGACAGAGCCGCCGAGCGGAGAGCAUAUUGCAACCUUGGAAAUGCCUACAUAUUCCUCGGGCAGUUUGAAGUUGCAGCUGAGCAUUACAAGCGGACGCUGCAGUUGGCGCGGCAGCUGAAGGACAGGGCUGUGGAAGCUCAGGCCUGUUACAGUCUGGGAAACACCUACACGCUUCUGCAGGACUAUGAGAGAGCUAUAGACUAUCACCUCAAACAUCUCAUCAUAGCUCAGGACCUCAAGGACAGGAUUGGAGAAGGGAGGGCGUGCUGGAGUUUAGGGAAUGCAUACACCGCACUGGGAAACCACGAGCAGGCCAUGAGCUUUGCUGACAAACAUCUGGAGAUCUCAAAAGAGAUUGGAGACCGCAGCGGGGAGCUGACGGCUAGGAUGAACGUAUCGGAUCUGCAGUUAGUUUUGGGUCUGAAGCAAAACAGUAACAGCUCUGCCCUCAUCGAGAGCCCGUCCGGUGACAGCAGUCCGCCUGAUGGGAGAUCCAAAGGAAGCCGGAGACACAGCAUGGAGAACAUGGAGCUCAUGAAACUGACCUCUGACAAAAAUACGGGGCAGGCCUGUGAGGAGACUACAACCACUCAGCAAACCAAAUCACCAACCAAAACAUCCAUAGCCAAGACAUCUUCAAAACUUUUCUUCAUCAAUCGCUUCAGGAGCAAAAAGCACAGGUUGAAUGGUUCAAACUCCAGUCUGCCAGCUGAGAACCACAGCAGCACCAGCCCGACUGCAGCGCCUCUGGACACACAGUGCGCUCCAGACACUCUGGGGGACGACGGCUUUUUUGACCUUCUAACCCGCUUCCAGGGCAGCCGUAUGGAUGAUCAAAGGUGCACAUUAGAGGACGGCAUUAGUCGUGUUCCCGCCCCUUCCUUUCCCCGUGAAACCCCGUCCGUAGCCUUGAGGAAACCUACUUCCGUGUCCGAAGCGGAGGCCUCUGCACAGCCUGGCCAUUUCCUAGAUCUGCUGGCCAGUUCGCAGAGCCGUCGGCUGGACGAGCAGCGGGUCAGUGUCAGCAAUCUCCCGGGUCUCCGGCUGGACCAGCGCCGCAGCCAGGACGUCCUCAGCAAACUCAUGGCCGCGGCCGAUAGCAAAGAACCAGAUGAAGACUUCUUCGACAUGCUGAUUAAGAGCCAGGGAUCCAGACUGGAUGAUCAGAGGUGUGCUGCUCCUCCUCCCCCCACCAGAGGCCCUACAGUCCCAGACGACGACUUCUUCAGCCUCAUCCUUCGCUCACAGGCCAAACGGAUAGAUGAGCAGCGCGUCAUAUUACCAUCAGACCAGUCCUGACUCCUGACUGACCUGCCACUCAUCGAUCAAUGCCUUGUUGACAAUCAGACCCUACAUGAUGUUGUCCCUUCUUGCUUAACAUGAAGAUUUUUGCUUGAGGAGAUGCACAAAGUUUUGUUAAAAUUUCUACAAAUGUGACCUGAACUGGAUUCAGACGGGUUUGUGCAGAAUAGAUGCGUAUUCAGAAUCAGACCAAGACCGCAGUCUCGUUCUCAGGGAUUCAGUACAAUGCACUGAAUGCAUUUCAUUCACCUGGAUAACUGGAUGGACUUGAUCAGCUGUUACUGGACGGUAGAUUCAGACAAUUUUAUAUACACAGUAUAAAUAUAUAUAUAUAUAUAUAUUUUAACACUAAACUUAGUAUCAGUUCUGUUUUCGGUUGUUUGACUUGAAAUAUGUUUUAUAUUGACUUUUAAUACCUGCGAACUGUCAAUUCAACUAUCAAACUGUCAAAAAAGUCUGGAUUUAUGUGAAUAUAUAUAUAUAUCAGUCAAGAAUGUAUUACUUUUUUUAAAAUGACAAGAGGAAUAAAGCCUCAUCACAAAUGGACACAGACACAGA